AUGGAGGGCUAUUCGUCGCAAGGCGGCCGACAUGAGCCCUCGUGGGCUAGACUGCUCAUUCCCUACGAGGUGAAUCCUCAAAUCUUUGGACUGAGGGGCUGCGUUGAAUGUGAUCGACAAGGACUUCAGCCACGCGAGAGAGACCUCCACCAAGCCGACCUCCACCCUCCACCUCCAGCAACAACAGAGCUGGGACAACGGCACCUUCCUUCUUGUUUGCAUCUUCCUCCAUCAACAAUGCGCGCUCUGAACUUGCUUCUGCCCAGUGCAACGGCAGGCGUUUCUCUCGAGUGUCGUCUCUACCUCCCCUCUGCCGUCCCGUCAUCAUCGUCGCCAGAAGAGCUCAAGCCCGCGGUCCGCGCCCUUGGGCUGAAGAAGCUCGUGACCGCUGCGCACCCCUGGGGCCGGCUAGGCGGUAACCAAGACUUUCCUGUCAUCGCGCGACAUCUCCCCGCUGCUGUUGGACCGGAUACGGCCGUGCUGACGUUCAAUGCGAGGGGUAUUGGCAAGUCGCAGGGAAGCCAACCGUGGCCGGGCAGAUAUCCGGGGAGCGACCACCUCGACUUCGCCGCAGUUGAAGAAGCAGGGCUAGAGCUGACGGGGGCAGAGAAGGUGUACCGGUUGGGCUACUCUUACGGCACGAUUCCGGCGCUCAACGCACCGAUAACACAUCCUGUAAGCGGAGUUAUACUCGUGUCGCCCGCGCCGACGCUAUUCAAGGCCCUCACAGCUCUGGGUGGGCCGACGUUCCAGCAGGGUCUCGACACCACUCUGUCACAGACUUCUGUCACAGCUUUGGGAGGUGAUCAGGUCAGGAAGGUCGAGAUCGAGGGUGCCGGGCACUUUUACAAUAGGAGAGAGGACGGAGAGCAGCUCCGAGCUGCCAUCGCCGAGUGGGUUGGGAGGUGA